CUACUUCCGUUGGUUACAAAACGUGAACAAGGAGGGUAUAAAUGAUAAAAGUCAUUAUUUCAAGAUUUAUGAGGUUGACUUUUGAAAGAAAUAAACUGAGUUAAUGUGGGACAUUACUUUUUCUUCUAUCUCAUUAUAAAACCAAGGCUACACGCACACAGCAGAUGAUAUAUCACAACAAUGAAAACUCGGUCAAUUUCUGAAGUUCAAUGGCGGGGAUAAUUUUUUAUUGGGUGUUACAUACUUUGAAGGUAGACAAAAGGAGGAUUACGAAGUACAUAGAAUGUGUUGUGAAUGAGAAAGGUGUACGGACAGCAAGACAAUAAGCCAUCAUGAUAACAAAUGAAACUGCAUGAACUGUGUGCCAAUAUGUGCAAUAUGCAGGGUUUUAAAAAUAUGAUAGUGUACCGUGCAGACAGACAAUUUUUAUUAACUUUAAGACAAUGUUAGUAGACAACAUAAAAGUGAACAAAUUAGCUGAAACUGAUAGAUACCAUAGACAGUGUUCUAGCAAGAUUGGUAUGUUAGUGGUUAUGUUGAGAAGAUAACUUGAGAAAAUUACCAUUUCAUGCCAUAAAUGAGACAUCAAUGAUUCAGAGAGUCACGCCUUCUUUGCCGUAGUGCUCAGCUCAUUUUGUAAAACCUUUUGGUGUACAUUACCUUGUUGUGUUUCCUAAGAAUUAUAUGAACCUUUGCUGACUUCUAACAAAAGAAAAGUAAAAUAUGCUGUGAUAUUUUAGUUCCAUAUGACCUUUUAUAUGUACUUGCAUACCAUGGUGCAAGACAGAGAAUCUUCUAACAGCAAACCCUUACUGACAUCAUUGCAAGCAACAAGAAAAAAUUGUGAAGGUGGCUGUGCUUAUUUGCUUUGUGUCGUCAGUAUAACGUGAAAAGAAGUCUAAAUGCGUGUUAAAUUAUGGUGUUUGUGUAUCAUUUUGAUGCUGUGAACUAUGUCUUGCAAGCAGGACUGUUGUUGUUAUUUGUGUCGAGUGCUGGAUGAUUUCUGCCUUGACAAUUCCGGUGCUGUGUUAUCGAGCACAGAUAACUUCAUUAUGAUGAGGCCAGUCAGUGCUCAGCUGCGACCACCUGCUAGGAACAACCAGAGCAGACCUGUAGAGAGGAAGGAGUGCCAAUGGUCAAACAGGAACUUUACAGUGAGAGCGACUCACGGAAAUGAGGCAGCACAGCCCGGAGUCAGGCUCUGGAAGUCAAGUGAACUGUUGCGAAACAUCAAUGGUCAGAGCGUGAGGAUUGAAAACUCAAAGUUGACAGAUGAUAUAAUGGCUGCAGAGGGCUGGGUGGUAGAGGCCGGGGAAGAUGUACUGGAAUUGAAGAGUGGGGCAAGUGGAGGUGUGGAGGUGGUUGUGAUGAAUGAGCAGGAUCAUGAUCCAGGAACCAAGCAGGCCUAUAGGGUGUCACAGGACAAGGUCAUCAUCAGGUGCAGCGAGAAGGAAGUGUGGCAGGGUGCAGCUGAAGGACCUGGGGGUGGAAACAGGGAGAUGGUGCCAUCUGCUGGCUAUGGUGCAUACCAACAGCCUCCUCCUGCUGACCUGACACAGUGGACAUCCAACCUGCAGUGUCAGUCACAACUGGGUCCAGUCAACAAGAUGGUCAGUGAAGAGAAGGCCUUCAGCUCUUGCACUACUAAGAGUCCCGCUCCUCCUAUUUCACUGCGAGGGUGUUCCACUCCCUCCAAGUUUAAUCCUCCCACCCCUAUCAGCCUUAACACUCCCUCGAUGAAGACUAGUGAGAGCAUUGUCAGAGGUGAUCCCACCAUAGAACAGCUAGUGCCUGAGCGGGACACAAACCCAGGCACCAGGCUUACCGUGGAUAUGUGCAAUAGCAGUGCAGUCCAGGAAAACCUUAGUAAGGCAGGGAUACUGUCUGAAGAGAACCUGAAAGCACAAUACCGAGCAUCCUCGCAGACUGGUGCAAGCAGCAAUGUGCGGCAACCUGGAGGUGUCAGCACUGGGCCAGGCGGUGGGCGAUGUGGACACUUGCACCACCAUCUGAGUGUAGAAGAACUGAGACUGAUCCAGAGGAGACAGGACUCAAAUGGCAGCUCUUCAGAUGAUGGUACUCGCAGUUCAGGGCAUGCCAGUAUGUCUGACGGACACCUGAGCUCAUCCCCAUCUGCAGAGAGGCAUCAGCACUAUCGUUCUCACCUGAACUCUGUGCCUGAGGAUGAGAGGUUGUCAGCCAGCGUAAUGCAGAGUCAGUCGCGAGCCACACGGAAAUCUGGCCACAGCAGAAGUCGGCACAGAGCAACUCCUGCUAGGCUGGUGCCAUCUGGGUCUGGUUUGGAGGACAUCAAGCUGGCAAUCCAGCAACUCACAAUGCAGUCUCACACGUCCACCUCCACAUACUCGAGUCUCAGUGGCAGUGAAUCCGGUGAACCGGUGAUGCGACGUCUUAUGAGGCACUCAUCACUGGAAACAAUCAACACCAAUGUCACCAGCACAGAUGAGUUUGUUUGGGUUGAUUCACAUAAUAGGCUUGUAGAAUUACAGCACUUACCGUGGUCAAACCAUGAUGUGCUGAAAGUUAUACAGAAUGGUCGACUCAAAGAACACAUGGAAAGGAUCUCCAUGGAGACAAUUCCGCGUCUGUCGUACCUUCUUCAGCGGGCGCUGGUGAGGGUAGGAAGGGAGGUGCAGCGUCUGGCCUGUCCCCUUGGGAUGUGUAGUAAGCAGGAGGUGUGUUCUGCCCUGCGCGUCAUCCUCUGCCCUGCUCUCGCUGAUUCAUGCACAAAGGCAUGUCUGAGGGCAGCAGCUAUGUUUGCAGUGUCAGGCGACCUGCAAUUGAAGCAAAGCAAAUCAUGUCGAGCAGGAUUGCAGUUCUCUGUUGGUCGAUUCCAGCGGUGGAUGACUGAUGUCCGCCUCGGCAAGUUCGUUCACGAGUACGCAGCUGUGUACUUGACAGCUGGAUUGGAAAACCUGCUGGAGGAGAUAAUUCUCCAGUGUCUGCCCAGUGAGGUGGACACCAUCCUCACUGCCACCAUGUUUGAACAUGCAAUUGCAAACAAUGGGGACUUGUGGGGUCUGCUGCAGCCAUAUGCCCAUCUCAAUGCUGGCAGGAUUGCCUCAGGAGCACUGGCAAUGCCUCGCUGGGCAAGUGUCUCGAGUGUGAACUCUGAGUCCACCCACUCGUCAUCACUAGCAAGUGGAAAAUCUAUAGAACAAUCACUACUGACAACUUGUGUUGGAUCUGUGCACGAGCUGACUGAACUGCUGGCAUGCAUCAACACGCGGCCCCUCGCCUGGACGCCGUCUGCAGUUCAGGCACUCUUCUACUUUAUGCGGUGCUCCCAGCUUGAGCAUGCGGAGCAUGUGGCCCCAAUCCAAGAACUGGUGUAUGAGCGUGCAUAUGUGGUUUUGCCUCCCCUGGUGGAAUGGUUGAGAGUGACCACAGCCCAUGCAGAGCAUAGACACUCCGCCUCUCUCGAUCAGGAUGAUGUGAUGCAGGCGGCCCGGUUGCUCCUGCCUGGAGUGGACUGCCCCAUCCGAGACAUUGGAAUGGAGGACGCUGGGGGAUCAAUAGGUUCCAGGCGGCUUGGUGAUGAGUUGGAGUGUGUACGACGACUCAAGUCAGAGCUGGCAUUCAAAAUGCUGCGGAGUGGAUGCAGUGACCUCAUCCCUCAUGCUCUACAGCUGUUACCAUCGAGUAAGAAAUUGAAUUGUGUGAAUGAGCGUGGGUUGAGCCCACUCAUGUUGGCAGUUCUGCUGCAAGACGAGGCUUGCGUUUGCUGUCUGCUGGAUGCUGGAGCAGACCCUGACAUUGAGACUCCUCCAUAUGGCACAUCAGGCUGUCCAAAUGUGAAUGCAGAGACCCAGCAUUGGACAUCCCUAACUUAUGCAGCUGUACAAGGAGCAUGUAGUAUUGCACGCUUGCUAUUGGAAAGGGGAGCCCAUGUGGAAGGGGGUACAAGGCUCAGUGAGGACAGGUGCACCCAGACACCACUUCAGGUGGCAGCAGCAUGUAGUCAAAUGGAGAUGGUUUGCCUUCUUCUAUCAUAUGGAGCUCAGCCAUUUCUCUCAACACUGCUCAAGGACUCUCUCUGUUAUUCUGGUGCUGCUCAGCGUGGCUCGUACAGUGCCAUUGCAGUGGCAGCUGCUCACGGACAGAGGACGACGCUGCACAAGCUGCUGGCCCACCCCCACAACACUAACAACAAGGAGGUGCUGUCACUGGAGGAGAUCUUGGCAGAGGGUGCCAGCAGCCAGCUGACUGCUGACCGCCGGGUUAACAGACUGCAGGUAACAUGUGCUUCCAACUCAGACUCAGGUGCAUGCUUGAUGAAUCAUGUUGGCAGUGACAGCCUACAGUUGCUAAAACUGAGUAAAGUGCAGAUCAAGUCACUGCAAGAGGCGAUGUACCACAGCACUGAGAACAACCACCUGGAUAUCACACUGGACCUCCGUAACCUUGGAAUACCAUGGACACUUCACUGUUGGAUGCAUACCCUAGCUACUGCACAUGAUCAACAACUUGAGAAUAUAAUCGACCAGUUGCUCCAGGACUUUCUGCAGGUGUGGCCAGAUGACUACUCAGUGCAGUUCGUUGACGAGUGUUUGCCUUUACUGUUCAACAUCUUUCGAUUCAGUAAGAAUGAAGGAACAACACUGCUCCUUGCAGACAUUUUCUCAACAUGUUUUGGCUGGGAGCCAAUCAAGAAUGUCAGAGACACUUCAUUCUCUGGAGGGACUCGGAUUGAUCCAAAAUUUGUGAACAACCCAGAGCUGAGUGAUGUGCAGUUUAGGGUGGAGGGGCGAGUCUUUUAUGGACACAAGAUUGUCCUGGUGACAUGGUCACCCCGGUUCCGGGCAAUGCUCAGCUCGAAGCUCUGUGAUGGGAACCCACCCAUCGUUCAUAUCAAUGACAUCCGCUAUCACAUCUUUCAGUUGGUAAUGCAGUACCUCUACAAUGGGGGCUGUGAAACACUGCAGGUGGAGCAGACAGACAUGCUGGAGCUAAUGGCUGCUGCCAAUUUCUUUCAGUUGAAUGGUUUACUGCGUUACUGUGAAGCUCAGUGCUCGAGCAUGGUUGACCUUGAUAACAUUGUCUCCAUGUACAUACAUGCCAAGGUAUACAAUGCUGGGGAGUUGCUUGAGUACUGCCAGGGAUUCUUGCUACAGAAUAUGGUAGCCCUGCUCACAUACGAUGAUUCCGUCAAGCGGCUGCUCUUUGGGAAAAAGCUUCACAGUCAUGAUGUGCUGGCAGGCCUGCUUCUGACACUGCAGGCUCGCAUCAGGGCCCGAAAUGUGGCCCCCACUGUCCGUUCCAACUCCAAGCCUAAGUGAAAAAUGCCUCUGAGCAUGUUUAUCGACUGUUUCCAGUCUUGAGGCAGGGAAGUGUUAGGGUUUGUUCCUAGAUCUGUAUGCAAAUUAUUUAUACGCAUUUCCUUUCUGUGUAAAGUAUAAUCCAAAAUAAUGACUAUACAAUGAACAGUUAACAUCAAGCAGUUUAAUGAAUUUUACAAUAAAUUACUUUGCUCAUCAAACAGUGCCAAGGAAUGGUGGAUCCAGUAAAACCUGCUGCAAAGUCUUCGUAAAUAGGGAUUGUAUGAAUUGUCAGAAUGCUUCAAGAAGUGUUGUUUAGAAGUAGAUGUUUUACAAAAACAGACAGAAUGGCCAAAUACAUGAAGAUGUUCUUCAGAAGCAGAGGAAAGGCAUAAAAUAUGGUGCUGAUGGAUUUUAGUUGGUAAGUUACAUUGAGCUGCAUGAAAUAUAGUACUUUAUGUUUGAACCUAAUUUUCCAAACAUUUUCUUUCUCCACUUUUGGCAGUAAUUUGUAUACAAAAUAUUGUCAAGUUUUGAUGAAAUGUUCAGAACUCAAAAAAUGUGUAAAAUACAGAUAUACUGGAACAAUGCAUGAUAAAACAUCUGAAAGCUUUUUGUGGGAAAUUUGAUUAUUUUUAUGAUCGAAUGUAAUUAAUUUAUUUGGUUACAUUGAAAUAAAUUUGAUAUGAUUUCCACAGAUGUUAGGAACAUGGAAAA